AUGGGCGACGAGUGGCGCGACUUCGGGUGCCGGCGAUGUCAGGCAGAGACGAUGCUAAGAGAAGGCAGAGCGCGAGAAGGCGAUCGGCGUGGCGAGAUCGCGAGGAAGGGAAGUCACGUGAGGGCUCGGGAAAGAGGAGGCCGGCGGUUGGGCUCGAAAGAGAAGAAGACCAACAACUCCGGCUCGAGAGAGAAGACCGACAACGGCUUGGGGUCGGCGAAGGAGAGGAGGCGACGUCGUGAGGUCAGGAGGAGGAGAAGGGCACAACGCCGCGAGAGGGAGAGGGAGGGGAUCAGGAUGAGUACCGCUGCUAGGGCUGAAUCGGAGAUGGACGACGAGUGGCGCGACGUCGGGCGCCGGCGAUGUCAGGCAGAGACGAUGCUGAGAGAAGGCAGAGCGCGAGAAGGCGAUCGGCGUGGCGAGAUCGCGAGGAAGGGAAGUCACGUGAGGGCUCGGGAAAGAGGAGGCCGGCGGUUGAGGCUCGAAAGAGAAGAAGACCAACAACUCCGGCUCGAGAGAGAAGAAGACCGGCAACGGCUUGGGGUCGGCGAAGGAGAGGAGGCGACGUCGCGAGGUCAGGAGGAGGAGAAGGUGUUUCGGCGUGGGAAGGAGAAUAGUGCACGGGAGAAAAUCUUAUAA